AUGAGUGGACUGCGGCUUCAGAAAAGAUUGGCCUCAGAUGUAUUAAAGUGUGGUAAGAAAAAAGUGUGGUUGGAUCCUAAUGAAAUCAAUGAAAUUUCUAACGCCAAUUCGCGGCAGAACAUCAGACGACUUGUUAAAGAUGGUUUGAUAAUUCGUAAGCCAGUUGCAGUACAUUCACGAUAUCGUGCUCGUAAAAACCUGGAGGCUCGCAGAAAGGGUCGUCAUAUGGGUCACGGAAAGAGGCGUGGUACACAGAAUGCACGUAUGCCGGAAAAGAUUUUGUGGAUCCGUCGAAUGCGCGUUCUUCGUCACCUGUUGAAGCGCUAUCGUGAAGCAAAGAAGAUUGACAAACAUCUGUAUCACGACCUUUACCUUCGAGCGAAGGGUAAUGCAUUCAAAAACAAGCGCAAUUUAAUGGAAUUCAUUUUCAAGAGAAAGACUGAAAAUGCACGCUCCAAACAAUUAGCGGAACAAGCAGAAGCACGCCGUGCCAAGAACAAAGAAUCCAGAAAACGACGUGAGCAACGUUUAAUAUUGAAAAGAGCAGAAGCUUUGCGUAAAAUCUCGGAGAAUGAGAAAGAAGCAGUCGCUAGUAAGGAAACAAAAGAGUCGAAACUAGUGGAGAAGUGA